CCUGGUAGGUCCCCAGGAUCUCCCUGCCUGAUUGCGUGUCCUGGAGCCCGUCACUGGCCUCACAGCCAGGAUCCAUCCUAGUGCCCAGAGACUAGCUCCUUCGCAAUGCUGGGGAGCAGAGGUCCAUUCUCUUCCCUCUGUCUUCUUUUCCCACUGCUGGCUCUGUACAGUGCUGAGAGGACCCACCCCCUUCCUCAACGCAGGUUUGAGUACAAGCUCAGCUUCAAGGGACCAAGGCUGGCAGUUCCUGGGGCUGGAAUACCCUUCUGGAGCCACCACGGAGAUGCCAUCCCAAGCCUAGAGGAAGUGCGACUGGCUCCAUCUAUGAAGAACCGCAGUGGUGCUGUGUGGGGCAAGAUCUCUGUCUCCUUUCCUGACUGGGAAGUAGAGAUGCAGAUGAGAGUGACUGGACCAGGGCGCCGGGGAGCUCAGGGUAUGGCCAUGUGGUACAUCCAGGACAGGGGUCAAGUUGGCUCUUUCGGAGAGGGGCUAGCCUCCUGGGAUGGCAUCAGGAUCUCCUUUGAUUCCUCCACCAAUGAUGUCCAGAAUGGCCCUGCCAUUCGAGUGCUGGCCAGUGAUGGGCAGGACCUCCAGGAGCACUCUGGGGAUGGGACCAUCCAGGAGCUAGGCUCCUGUCAUCGAGGCUUCAGGAACCGGCCAUACCCCUUCCAAGCUCGGAUCACCUACUGGAAGCAGAGGCUACGCGUGUCUUUUCGUGGAGGCUUUACUCCCAAUGAUCCUGAAGAGGUCUGUGUCAAUGUGGCGCCCCUGCUUUUAGCCCCUGGGGGCUUCUUUGGGGUCUCGGCAGUCACCAGCACCUUAGCAGAUGACCAUGAUGUCCUGUCCUUCCUGACUUUCAGUUUGAGGGAACCAGAUCCAGAGACAGCUCCCCAGCCAUUCCUGGAGGAGGAGCAGCUCCGCCUGGCCAGGAAGCUGGAAGGACUACAGGCAAGGCUGCCCCUGACCACCAGAGAGGAGAGUAUUCCACCACUGAACUCCAAAGCCCAGGAAGAAGGGGAAAGCUUCUUUGAUCUGGAAGAUACACUGGGCAGACAAGGCCAGAUCCUGCAGGCCCUCCAGGCUCUCUCCAGGCAGAUGGACCAGGCUGAGAGGCAGUGGAAACAGCAGCUGGGGUCUACAGUCCAAGUCCGACCUGAGGGUGGCUGGGACACUACCAAAGUCAGCACCCUGCUCUACGGACAGCGGACACUGAUCCAGGCCCUGCAGGAGAUGAGGGAAGCAGCUUCCCAGAUGGCUUCAGGAGCCCGUGUCUUCUACCUGCCUGUAGGCACUAAGCAUCACUUUUUUGAGCUGGACCAGCUCCUCGGCCUCCUGCAGAAGGACCUCCGGGAUCUGGUGAAGAUGACACCUAAGGCCUCCAGCCCAUCUGGCUGGCUCCCCGGAACUUCCACAUGUUUGCGGACCAGCAUCUUCCUGUUCUUCCUCCUCAUUCAGACUGUCGGCUUCUUCUGCUACGUGAACUUCAGCAGGCAGGAUCUGGACCAGAGGCUUCAGGAGUACCUGUCCACAGGCAGCCUUCCUCUAGAGCCCACAUGGCAUAUCCCCAGAACACUAGGGGCUCUGAGAAGACAGCCUGUCUCACCCAGCAUGCAGGCCUGACCCAACUCAAAGCCACUGGAAAAAUGGAGGGUAAAGGAUUUAGCCAGUAUCCUUCCUGAGUGCCUAUAUCCUAGCUUUUGGCAAGUCCACAUUAAAAGUUAUCUUCCUCUCGCUGUGCUGAUGCCCUCAUUUACCGUCCAGCCUCACAUAGGCUCUGAUAGCUUCCACCUCCUCUGGGUAGGUAUAAGGAAUAGGGUCCAAGCAGGCAAGGAGGCCAAGGGCCAGUUAUUUCCCCACAGCCCUUCACUUUGGACUACUGAACCAAAGGGAGACAACUGUGCAAAAUGAUGCCCCGUAACACACCAAGGACAAG